UCUAAUUCUAUAUCUUCUAAAUUCCUCCCUUACAUAACUCAAUAUAUAGACAAAGACAAAGAAAAAUUCACAAUUCAUUUCUAUCAUCACCAUCAUCAUCAAAUGGAGAUAUUAUCUCAAUUGUGGUCAUUCCUGGGUCUUCUCACCGUCCUCCAAAACGUUUUACCUUCGCAACUUCUUUCUCUUCUCAGCUCUUCCUAUGAAUCUGUGCAAGAUCUCUUUACUCCCUACUCCUACUUUGAAAUCCCUGAGUUCAAUGGCUACUGUGGUGUCGACGUCAAUGAUCUCUACCACCAUGUCAAUGUCUACCUCAACUCUCUCAACUCAGCUGCUGCUCAGUGUCGCCGCCUCACUCUUUCUCGCUCUAAAUCUUCCAAAAAUAUUACUUUCACCGUUGCACCCAAUCACACUGUUCAUGACUCUUUCAAUGGCCAUACUGUCUCUUGGACUCACCAUGUCGACACAGUCCAAGACUCCUUAGAAGAAAAACGUAGCUUCACUCUCAAACUACCAAAGCGACACCGUCAAGCUCUUUUAUCUCCCUAUCUUGAUCAUGUUACUUCACAAGCUGAAGACUUUGAGCGUGUCUCUCGUGAAAGAAGACUCUUUACUAACAAUGGCCAUGCUUCCUACGAAUCAGGCUGGGUUUCAGUUCCAUUUCGUCAUCCUUCUACUUUUCAAACCUUGGCACUUGAACCUGAACUUAAAAAGCAGAUAAUGGACGAUUUAACAGCGUUUUCUAAUGGCAAAGAGUUCUAUCACAGGGUUGGACGAGCUUGGAAACGUGGGUAUUUUCUUUAUGGGGUGCCGGGCUCUGGAAAAUCAAGUUUAAUUGCUGCCAUGGCUAACUACCUUUGCUAUGACGUAUAUGAUCUUGAGCUCACCAAAGUUACAGACAAUUCAGAGCUCAGAGCAUUGCUUAUACAAACAACAAACCGUUCAAUCAUUGUAAUCGAGGAUAUUGAUUGCUCGGUUGAUCUAACGGCUGAAAGAACGUCAAAGAGAAGAUCACAUUCACACCCGUCUAGAAAGCAGAUAGAGCCACGAUGUGAAGAUGGCGAAGAAAAUGGAAGGGUUACACUUUCAGGGCUGCUGAAUUUCACCGAUGGUCUAUGGUCCUGCUGUGGAGAAGAGAAGAUCAUAGUGUUCACCACAAAUCAUAGAGAGAAUGUGGAUCCAGCGCUGAUCAGAUGUGGGCGAAUGGAUGUCCAUGUAAACCUUGGGGUCUGCGGGGUGCACGCAUUCAAGGUGCUAGUGAAGAACUAUCUAGGAGUAGAUUACCAUGGAUUGUUUGAUGUGGCAGAGAGUUGCAUAAGGUCAGGCGGAGCCCUAACACCAGCUCAUAUUGGGGAGAUUUUACUGAGGAAUAGAGGCGAUGUUGAGAUGGCGAUGAAGGAAGUAGUAACAGCAAUGCAAGCUAAGAUUUUAGGAGGUGGGGUUCAGCGAGAGGUCAUAGAUUGUGAUGAUAUGAUGGUAGUAAGAUCGCCAGAGAGUUUAGGAUCUCCGGAGAACUGGGAUUCAUCGCCGGGAAAGAAUGGAGGGAAGAAGAGGUCAAACUCAAAGGGCAAUUUUUUGGUAAGGUUAAGAUCUUUAACCAAAUCUGAUUCUGGCAGAAGGGGUGUAUGACUUGUAAUUACGUUUAUUUGGUACUGAAAAUGUUUUUGGGUGUUCAAUUAGUUGGUUAGCCUUGCUCGUGUGGGGAGUCAGUUUUUCAGAUUUCUAUAUAAUCAAUGUAACAUUGGUGGGAAGAAAUUAACUAAUUAAAGUUUGAAGAUGUUUAAAUGUUGAA